UCUGAACGAGAUCUCGCAGCCUCCAGCUUUUCUCGCCUCAACAGCAACUUGUCACCAAAGAUGGCGAUUUGCUGAGUGCUCAUGGAUGUACACAUUUCUCGGCUAGUUGCUAUCUCACCAGAAACACCGGACUCACAGGCGAACUAGCCGCCCGGCGAGCGAGCGUUUCUCCCCCCCGCAGGAAGCACACCCGCCGCCGCCAUGCAGAUCACCCUGAAAACGCUGCAGCAGCAGACGAUCCAGAUCGACAUAGACCCCGAACAAACGGUGAAGGCUCUGAAAGAGAAGAUAGAAGCAGAACGAGGUAAAGACAACUUCCCCGUGUCCGGCCAGAAGCUGAUCUACGCCGGGAAAAUCCUGCAGGAUGACACGCCUAUCAAGGACUACAAAAUAGAUGAGAAGAACUUUGUCGUAGUGAUGGUGUCCAAGGCCAAGCCUGCAGCUGCCGCCUCGCCCCCAGUCUCAGAAGCGCCCAAGCCCCCCGUGCAGGACUCUGGCUCCACGUCAACAGCUGCGCCGACCACAACCCCGGCCCCGGCACCAACCCCAGCAGCUGCCCCCGCUCCCCCCGAGGAGGCCAAAGAGGAGCCAAGUGCCACAGAGACAGAACCACAACAACCUGCCAGCUCCAGUGGCGGCAGCCAGGGCUUGGAUGCCUCCUCAGCACUGGUGACUGGGGCCGAGUACGAGGCGAUGCUGACGGAGAUCAUGUCCAUGGGCUAUGAAAGGGAGCGAGUGGUGGCCGCACUACGAGCCAGUUUUAACAACCCCCACAGAGCUGUAGAAUACCUCCUCACUGGUAUCCCCAGCAGCCCAGUCCAGGAGAGUAAUCCGCCAGCGCAGGCCCCUGCAUCUGGACCUACGGAAGCCCCGUCUCUAGCAGAGGGAGAUAAUCCACUUGCAUUCCUGCGGACCCAGCCCCAGUUUCAGCACAUGAGACAGGCCAUCCAGCAGAACCCUGCUCUGCUACCAGCUCUCCUCCAGCAACUAGGACGAGAGAACCCUCAACUUCUACAGCAAAUCAGUCAAUAUCAGGAGCUAUUUAUCCAGAUGUUGAACGAGCCAGUGGGAGAGGGAGGAGACGCUCCAGAGGUUGGAGAGAUGGGGGCAGCAGGAGAAGAGGGGGCACCUGUCAACUAUAUCCAGGUCACACCUCAGGAGAAGGAAGCCAUCGAAAGGUUAAAAGCGUUGGGUUUCCCUGAGCCUCUGGUGAUCCAGGCCUACUUCGCCUGCGAGAAGAACGAGAACCUGGCGGCCAACUUUCUCCUUAACCAGGGAAUGGAGGAUGACUGAACACAGAUCACUGCCUUCCUGCUCCUCCCUCCGAACCUCCUUCCUCUCUUCGGCUCAUUAUAAAGACUGCACCCCCCCCCCCCAAAUUUUACUGUACAGCUACCAACCUCAGCUCGACCCACCAGGAGAGGAGGAGAGGGGGGGGAGCCAGCAGGGGUCAGGGGGGUGGGAGGAGCGGCGGCGGGGAUGGGAAGGGGAAAACGGGGUGGGUUAGGUUAUGGUGGGGGUUACAUGCUUAAAGUACACAAAGUGGAGGCUGUGUGCAGGAAGGUCAGACACGGAUUAUCAGAGGUCGGGGAAGAAAAUGUGUGGAAGAAUUAUAAAAUCCACGUGAAUUCCAA